GCCAAUGGGAAGAAUACGGUCUACCGGGUAACAGUCAUUGCGGUGCGAAGGGCGGGACGACGGGUCAAAGGGGAGAGGAGGUCGGAUGUGGUUCCAGGCCGCUGGAGGCCUGCCCAGUAUGCCAGGAACGGAGGUUGCCACUACAAGUGCCUGAACUCACCUACAGCCACUCGUCAGAAGGAUGGAGGGGGAGCCAGGAUCUGACUUGAGUCAGCACAUCACCCUCCGACGUCCCCGAAUCCACAGGGGCACUGGAAAACUGGAACGCUCCAAGAGGAGGUGUUGCAGACCCUACAGCCCAGGCCAUGCUUCCUCUCAGGCAUUGGUGGACUCGCAGCAGUGGCCGCCCACCCCUUUUCCCACUGUCUGCGCCCGCCUGCGACCCUCGCCCUCCAGUUCCUCGUCCCAUCGGCCCCUCAUCACAACCUCUCCCCUGGAGCGACGUGCUGGUCGUGUCCUCUCCAUCAUGCUGCAAGACUGUCGGAGCCGCAGUGAGGAGGCAGCAACCGCUGAGACACCCACCCGGACCUUUGGCUGGAAGGGGUCCUGCCACAACUCCAGAAACAACGUAGGGUCAUCACCUUCCAACGGGAGGCUCACCACACUCCUGGAGACCCCUACUCAGCACCUCCGCCCAGGCUCCAAGGCAGAUACCCCACCGGUCACCCCGAGGGAGAGUCCUCACCACAGUCGCUCAGGUGCUACACAGCCCUGGACACCCUUGGAAUCCCCAGAGCAGCCCUCAGAAGCCCCCGGCUCCCCUCUGCCCCCACCCUGCAGCCGCUGGGAGCUCUCCCCCAUCCUCAGCACUGUCCGCUCCAAGCUGGAGGGCUUCGCCGAGAUCUUCCUCUCGCCCCUUCGCAGCCACUUGCCCUGGCGCGGGGGCUCCACGGCGGCAACAGCUCCCUCCGAGGCCGAGCCGCCUCCACCCACACCUGCACCCCCUCCCCCUCCUCCUCCGCCAAGGAGAGAGGAAAGACCUGCCACCCGCCUCUGCCGCAGUCUGUCCUGCCCCGAGAUCCCAGCCUCUCCCUCCCCCUCCUGCUGGCCCCACCACCCCAUCCUCCCAGCCCCACCCUUGCCCCCCUCUGCCAACCCCCGGCACAGGCGCCACACUCUGGGGGGUGCGGACCCCAGCCGGGAGCUGACGGCCCCUCCGGCCCUUCUCUGCCUGCGCAAGGAGGUGUUCCCCAGUUCGUGGGGUACAGCAGGAGCCGGGAACGGAGGCGGCCGGCCCGAGAGGAGGGUCUUGACUCCUGCACAUACGGCCAGCAGAGAGCAAACGGAGGAGGCGGACGUAUGGAGGGACCCUGUCCUGGAGUACAGCCCGGCCUGUCCAGGCCAGUCCAGUAACCGGGAGCUGCCUCCACAGUCCAAGAGUUCACCAGCACGGGCAUCUGAGACCCAGGAGCAGGUGUCCGUGCAGGAGCCUGGCUGCACUCCUAGGAAACGCAAGCUGGACACAGUCCUGCCCGAACCCCGUGAGGCAGAGACCCCCGAGCACAGUACCGAGACCUCAGAAAUCAAUGGACAGACUCGUGUGGGAAAGGUGUCGAGGUUCCGCAUCAGGAAGGCACCGGUGAGGACGCAGACAAACCUGACGCCUAUGGGACUUCCAAAACCAGCAAGGUUAAAUAAGAAGGAGUUCAGCCUGGAGGAGAUUUACACAAACAAGAACUACAAAGCUCCCACUGAGAAGCGCCCAUUUGAGACCAUCUUUGAGGAGCCGGUGGAGCGGAACGGGCUGCUGGUGCUGACCAGCCAGCGGCGGCUGAAGCGGACGGUGCAAUUCCAGGACGGCAGCCUCCCCCGCAAGCGACGGCUGCGGCAGAAACUGCGCUUGGUGCAAGGGGGUGGCCCGGGGCUGCGUGGAGACCGCUCUAGGUUGGAGGCGCCUGAGUUGGAGCGGCUGCUCAGGCAGCGGUUGUCCGAGCUUGACGCCUUCUUCGCCGGGGAGGAGGGAUAGGGUCCCCCAGCCCUCACUCCCUCCAUCCCCCACCUCCCUAUAUUGCCUCCCUCCAUCCUCCCUCUCUCCUGACCACCCCCCCCCCCCCCCCACAGCACUGUACAGCCUCGUUUUUACCGGAUAAUAUAUAUUUUUACUAACUCGU